ACACAAUUAUCAGUAGAAACCUUGAUAUAAAUCAAAGUCCAACAUUUUUACUUCCUAUAUUUAUAAAUGUUUAUGAACAUUAAUUAGUAAUUACAAGCAAUAUUUCUCAAUAUUAAUUAUCAUUUGUGUUUUAUGAUCUCUUACUAGUUUUUUAAUUUAACCUUUUUAUUUUAAUUUUGUGGACAUGUUACUUAGAAAUUCUAUCGUCAAAUUAUCUAAAAAUGUUAAAAACAGUCAAAUUGUGCAAACGCAACAGCGGUUCCUAAAUUUACUGGAAUAUCAGAGUAAAAAUUUAUUAAGAAAAAAUGCCAUUGCUAUCCAGGACUUUUGUAUGGUAGAUAAAACUGGUGCAACAGAAUUGGACAACUUUCACGUUAAAGAAUAUGUAAUAAAAGCACAAAUAUUAGCAGGAGGUAGAGGAAAAGGCCACUUUAAUAAUGGAUUUAAAGGAGGAGUACAUAUCACACAAAACCGUAAUGAUAUAAGCGACAUAGUUAAGCAAAUGUUGGGAUACAAGUUAAUAACAAAACAGACUCCAAAAGAUGGUAUAGAAGUAAGCAAAAUAAUGGUUGCUGAAAGCGUGAACAUACAAAGAGAAACAUAUGUCUGUAUACUUAUGGACAGACAAAGAAAUGGGCCAGUGAUAAUAGCCUCACCUGCGGGAGGUGUAGAUAUUGAAGGCGUGGCUGAAAAAACUCCUCAUUUAAUUAAAACUAUUCCUAUAGACAUAUUCGAAGGCAUAACUGAUGAAAUGGCCAAUGAAUUAGCCGAUUUUCUAGAAUUUAAAGGAGAUUUAAAAUCUAAAGCUAGUGAAGAAAUUAAAAAGUUGUGGAAUCUGUUUGUAGCUGUUGAUGCUACUCAGCUUGAAAUCAAUCCAUUGGUUGAAACUGAUGAUAAUAAAGUAAUUUCUGUAGAUGCUAAACUCAAUUUUGACGAUAAUGCCAAGUUCAGACAAAGGGAAAUUUUCAAUAUGGAAGAUGUUACCGAGAGUGAUCCUAGGGAAGUGGAGGCUUCUAAGCAUAAUCUAAACUACAUUGGUAUGACUGGAAAUAUUGGAUGUUUGGUAAAUGGAGCUGGUCUAGCUAUGGCAACGAUGGACAUUAUCAAACUUCAUGGAGGCGAUCCAGCUAACUUCCUAGAUGUAGGAGGUGGCGUUAAAGAAGACCAAGUUAAGGCUGCUUUUAAAAUAAUCACAUCUGACGAUAACGUCAAAGCUGUUCUUGUUAACGUUUUCGGCGGUAUUGUCAAUUGCGCUACCAUCGCCAAUGGAAUUAUAGCUGCCUUGAAAACGAUGACUUUAAAAAUACCGUUGAUUGUCAGAUUAGAAGGAACCAAUGCAAUUGAAGCUAGAAAAAUCAUCAGCAGCUCUGGAAUGAAUAUAAUUACGGCAGACAAUUUGGAUGAAGCUGCUAAGAAGACUGUUAAUAGUAUAUAAUAUUCUAAUUUUAUUCUAUGAUCACAGACUCUGACUGAAUUUUGUUUUGACAUAUUAUUAAAUUAAUCCAUUGGUUUUUUAUUGUUACUUAAUAAUUUUUUUAUAGGUGGAAUUUGCCAAUAUUACCAUUUACCGUGAAUGAGUACAGAUAGAAAAUUAUUUUGUUUAUUUUGAUAUUUUUCUGUACCUAAUUUUCUUUAUUUUUUAUAGUUUUACUUAGUUUUGGUAUCUUAACACAUCUCAGUUCCAUCUUACAAUAGUAUUCAUUACUUUUCCAACGAUAUGACAGUUGGUAUACGUAAAAACUGUGGUUUGCAUGUUUAAACUCAGUUAAAUUUAAAGCUUCAUAUGAAAUUUGUACUUUUUUAUAAAUAACUAAUUACUAUUAAAAUUUUAUAGUUUUAUGAAAUAAAAAUUGUUAUAUUUGAA